AUGACGGCGGGCAAUAGAAGAAAAGAGUCUGAAGCAAUUGUAACAUCACUGCAUCUUCCGUUCGAUCUGGUGACAGAAAUACUGUGUAGACUCCCCGUCAAACACCUCGUACCACUCCGCUGCGUCUCUAAAUCAUGGAAUUCUCUUAUCUCCGCAGAUUCCAAGUUCGCCAAGAAGCACCUCCGCUUGUCAACCUCCAGCCACGACCGCCACCACCUCAUCCUAACCCCUACUCACUCCUCACCUGAGUUCCCUGUUUUAUGUUUCCCAAUAUCCUCUAUCUUCAGCUCCACAUUCACUACUACUGUCAAACAGUUCAGCUACUCUAUUAGAGAGAUUCUUAUCAAAGGAGCCUAUGCUAAUAGAGCUUCCACUUGCGACGGCAUGCUAUGUUUUAAGAUAGAUGCUUCUUCCGCUCUCUUGUGUAACCCUUCCAUUAGAAAACUCAAAAUAUUGCCUCCUUUGAAUCUUCCAAAGCAAUUAUUUACCUUAUAUACGUUAGUGUAUGAUCGUUUCACCAAUAAUUAUAAGAUUAUUGUUAUCUAUAGUACCCUUGGUAGAAAAUAUGAAGUCAAUGUUCAUACUGUGGGGACUGAUUAUUGGAGAAAGAUUCAAGACUUCCCAAAUCCUCUGUUUGCUCCUGUACCGGGAAUAUUUGUGAGUGACUCUGUUUAUUGGUUGGUAUAUGAUGGUGGUGCUGAUGUUACACCAUUAAUUGUUUCUCUUGAUUUGGAGAAAGAGUCCUAUCAAAACCUUUCAUUGCCCUUCAAACAUGCGCAUUUUACAACUUCUUUAGGGACAUUGAGAGGUUGUUUGUCCCUCCUCUCUCAAAGGGACAAGUUUUAUGAUGUUUGGAUUAUGAAAGAAUAUGGAAAUGAAAAGUCUUGGACUAAAUUGUUAAGUGUUCCAUACAUGAAAGAAUGUGAGGUAACCAGAGCAUUAGAUAUUUCAAAGAAUGACCAAGUGCUGAUGGAGUUUCAUAAGGAUGGAAAAUUUAAUUUGGUGGUUUAUGAUUUCAUAAAUAAUAUUUUUAAGACUUCUAAAUUUCAAUACAGCAGAGAGUAUGCGACGACACUACAAGUAUAUGUUGAGAGUUUGAUAUCACCUUUCUAG